AUGAUGAUGUUGGUUCUGCUCUUUCAAAAAGCAUAUUUUGAUGAACAUUAGUUCAUCAUUAUAUAUUCUGGAGAAGGUGCUGGAAAGAACAGUACAGUUUAAAUGGUUCAGUGAGUCGAAAGGAAAGAAUCGUUUCUAAACUGCACAUCUGUUGUCGAGAGUCCACAAAAAUCUGGUCUCAUUGUGGCGUCAACAUGAAGCGUUUCAUGUACCUGCUGUUCUUUUUUUCCCGCUCUGUGGUCGACUGUGCCGCUGGUGGAAGCGGAUACUUCGUGAACGCAGACUUCUGGUGUGCCUGGUACUCUGCGGAGCCGGAGCAGGUGGAGUAUCUGGUCGACUGGUAUUUCAACGAAGAGUUCACGAUGCAGUACAACAGCACCGUCGGGAAGUGGACGGGCUUCACCCCGGCUGGGCUCAGCACCGCAGCCAUGUUUAAUGCAGACGAGCGCAACAUCCAGCGAAGGAUGCUGGAGAGGGAGUUCAUAUGUGUCAACCGCAUCGAUUUGGUGCAAAUCACAGUGGAGGAGAACAUGGCUGAACCCAGCGUCACUCUCUCAGAGAUCACCUCCUCCAGUCACGACACCAUGCUGGCGUGCAGCGUGUACGAUUUCUACCCCAAAAAUAUCAGGGUGACGUGGCACCGCAACGGACAGGAAGUGACCUCAGGCGUGACCAUAAGCGAGGUGAUGACGAACGGAGACUGGACCUAUCAGGUUCACUCUUACCUGGAGCAGCCAGCUGGCCGACAGCACGGGGUCACCUGUAUGGUGGAGCACGAGAGCCUCAGAGAGCCCAAGAUUUAUGACUGGGACUCUUCCUUUAAUCAGUCUGAGAGGAGCUACCUGAUUGGUGGAGUUUUUGCGCUGCUGCUCGGAGCAGCGUGUCUGUUGUCAGGACUGAUCCGGUACAGGAAGAAAAGCUCUGACCAAAUUUUUUUUUUCAAACACUUUGUAAUCAAGGUUUGA